CGGAGGGUGUGGACGCAGAGCAAAACAUCUUGAGAGAGAAACCUGAGAGCUGUUCAGCAUGGAGGGGAGGCAGGGUCUACUCCUCAGCCUCAUCCUGGCAGUGUGUUUCUAUGGCAACGCCGCUCAGAGGACAGUUUGUGAAAAACAGAAGGCAGACCUGGUCUUCCUCAUGGAUGAGUCCAGCACUAUAAACACCACCGACUUCACCAUCAUGAAGAACUUCACUACUGCGCUGGUGAACAGCUUCAAAGUCAGCAAGGAUUUGGUGCGUGUGGGAUGCGCCAAGUUCAGCGACGGCUUCGAGAACAACUUUUUCCUGAACGAGAUGUUCACCGCAGAGGCCGUGACCAAGAAGAUCAUGGAGAUUGGGCAACGUGGAGGAGGCUCCAGAAUCAGCGCGGCUCUGCACAGAAUCAAAGAGCACUUUGAGUCGGUACACGGCAGCCGCAGAUCUGAAGGGGUCUCCCAGAAUCUGGUGGUGAUCACAGACGGGGAUUCUGAGGACGACGUAGAGGACGUAGCAUACAGUCUCCGGGAAAUGGGGAUCGAGGUGUUCGGCAUCGGCAUCGGAGACGUUCACGACCUAGAGCUCCUGCAGAUCACCGGCACACCGGAGAGGUUCUUCACCGUGGAGGACUUUGACAGCUUAGAAAACAUCAAGGGCGAAGUCGUCAAGACAAUCUGCAAAUCAGAACUACCCAAAGAACCUGAUGCUUGA